AUGUCCAAUCUUAGUGCCUUGACUCUGCCCCAGCCUAUGGAUUGGCAUAUCGAGCAUGACAGAGAAUGGCUAUCACCAGAGCGGAUUGCAUCUAUUGUUGGUCUUGGUCUUCCACUCGGAGAGCUUGUUCCCAAUGAUCUUUAUCCCACGGAGUCUCCGUGUCUACGGCACUCAGUCAUCAAGACCAUUGGUGGAGUCACAGCGUUGGUGGGGACGAUUGCACCAGGCGUUCUUUUUCUCUAUUCUAUUAGACGAACACGCCUUCCUUCAAACGAUCCGUAUGUGUCACAGCUUGCCAAGAUGGCCUAUGAGACGCACUUUCCAUUGGAUGGUCUAAAGUACGUCAUUGUUAACGAGGUACAAGAGGAGCACACUGAACCAUUUAUCCACGAACAGAUCUACCCUUCCCGUAAGGGACUUAGUUAUCCAUCUGCAGAGCAUCAAACCUGGGGUUGUCCGUCACCGGAGUUUAGCGCUAUCAUGGGCACGCCUGUCGGUAAGGUUGUCGGAACCUUCCUUCUUUGUGCGUUUGGCCAGGGUGUCAAGCGAGUUGCACGAAUUGUGACUUUCCAGGAUGGUCUUGACCUUCACAAAUUGCAUAUUCGUUUUGAUAUCGAGGAUGUUUGA